AUGUUACCUUAUAUACUGUUAGGUAUAAAUUGUAAGAUUAACGACCCUAGUAAUGACGAAUUUAUAUUGUCUUUUGUUACUAGUUUAUCAUCGUCAAUAGCAACACUUGCUGCCCCACCUAUUCCUGCUUCUACACCUCUAGCGGUUAAGGGCAUUGUUUUACAAAUCAUUGGGAUACCAACAGCAGAUAUUGGAUUAAUUGUCGCAAUUGAUUGGUUUAUGUAAGUAAUUGUCGCAAUUGAUUGGUUUAUGUAAGUUUACUAAUAAUUAUUGACGAGGUUAGGUUCCAAUUCGGCACCAACUAUCCACGAUUUACUGCGAUUAUAUAUUGCUAACAUGAGUCUUUCGUUUUCAAUCGUUGAUAUCUCCUCUAUAUACGAAUCAAGGCCAAUUGUCUAUAUGCGUUAUAUUUUACCUGAUUUCCCUUGCCGAAAAGCAACCGCCCCUCUCAUCAGUUCUGCAUGGCUUGCCCUAGCUAAACGUCAUAUGAAUCAAUAAAGAAACUGGACAAAUGCACAGAAGAGGUUCAACUAUGGAUGUAUACUUGCUCAGACGAGUUCUAAUCGAAUACUAGGUCACUCACUAGGAAAAUAAAUGUCCAUAUAGCAUCUAAAAGUUGCCUCUGCAUGCGGACGAGAGAACAACAUAUAGUUAACAUAGUAUAACUCAGAGAAAGUAAAAGACAGCUCCCAUUAUAAUGCACGCAUAUGCAUCACACAUGUUCUUCAUGUGAAAACCUUUUUUAAAAAAGCCAAUAAUUAAAAGCUCCUGCAGUAAUAGAAACAAAACUACGUAUUUUGCCUGUUCUAUUUCGUUAUUUUCACACAAAUCUAUGCUUGCCCAAAGGGGACAAAAUUACGAACAUGUGCAUAUAAUUUGCAUUACGCAUAUAUCAUUUUUAUAUGUCCAAAUAUCAUCUUCAAUCCAAAGUCGUCGAAGUCGAGAAAAAGAUCGUCAAAGUUGAGUACAAAUUCGUCGAAGUCGAGUAGAAAUUUGUCGAAGUCGAGUACAAUUGCAAAUUCGUCGAAGUCGAGUUGAAAUUCGUUGAAGUGGAAGUUGAAAUUCGACAAACAAAAUCAUCGAAGUCGAAUGCUAAAACAUUUCUUCGUCCAGUAUGAUAAUUUUUUUAUAAUAUAUACUGAAUACGUCAUAGUUGUGCAAAUAAUUAUGUCGAAUCGAAUGCAACCAUGAUGCAACGUAUAUGAUUAAAGUCCAGCAAUCGACUUGAUUUUCAGACAAGACAUAGUAUAUAUUAUAAAAAAUUUAUCAUACUGGAUGAAGAAAUGUUUUAGCAUUCGACUUCGACGAUUUGUUUGUGGACUUCGACCACGAAUUUCAACUUCCACUUCGACGAAUUUCAACUUCCACUUCAACGAAUUUACUCGACUUUGACGAUCUUUUUCUCGACUUCGACGAAUUUGGAUUGAAACUGAUAUUUGGACAUAUGAAAAUGAUAUUUGCGUAAUGGAAAUGAUAUGUACAUGUUCGUAAUUUUGUCCCCUUUGGGCAAGCAUACAAAUCUGAUUUGGCCGUUUUAAUUUUACAUUAUUAAUUAUUUGUAACAUUUUUUACAGAGAUCGCUUCGCUACUCCUGUCAAUGUUUGGUCGAACUGCAUAGCCUGUGUUGUUAUUGAACAUUAUUCACGUGAAGAACUUCAGUCAUUAGAUGACAUCACUACACCACGUGAAGAAGCAUGCACUGCCGUGAGUAAUGAUACAUACACUGAUGUCACUAUUGAUAUUGCUGACGAAGUCGAAGUAACAAUACAAACUAAAGACAAUAAAGAAAUACAAGGCAUUGUUUUAGGGGCCUGA